AUGCACGCAAACAAAAGUGCACUCUCUAUUCCUGCCACUCUCAUAGUCCGGUGGGACUUAAUUCGACGAGUGAGAGACCAGGCCCACGAUCGAUGGCUUCAGCGCUCUCCGAGGCACAGGGCUGAAACACCGCCAACUUCCCAAAACCGAGCUGCUACUGAGGCUUUCUUAACAGAAAGACUCAAUAACUUAACUUGGGCUUACUCGGGAUUUGAACCCAGGACCCCAGAUCUACAGCGGUUCUCGCUAGCAACUAGACCACCGAGGCAACUA